AUUUCGUUGUUGUACUACAUUCCAUCGGGAGUAAAUUGCACAAUGAACUUGGCUGUCCCUGGUAUGUAAGAUAGACGGCCGACAUGUAUUCAUUGGUUUUGAAAGUGCGUACGCUCUGAGGACCCAACAUCACCUCGGCGAAUAACUUAUAGCAGCCAAAGAUACUCCCUGCAAUCAAGCACGACCGUCACUAAUCGAUAUCGAAAUUCACGAAAGACUGUCAAAUGGGGUUUUAACCGACUUAAGCAACUGUUCGCUAAAAAAACACUCGUCAACAAUUCAAUAUAAAAGAACUUUGCGACGAUAUUUCAAGUUCUCUUUUGAAAGACUACUAAGCGACAAUUGGUUUUCGAAAAUUUUGAAGAGCUGAUAAGAUGAGAGGAAUCUCGCGCUGCAGUAGAAGAAGAUUGCCUUUCAGCAUCACAUUGCAGGAGCAUUGUAAAGGACAACUUACCACAAAGUUCUAAACUUCAUUCGCAAAGAGUGCGAUAACACCUUAUAAACUCUCACCCCACCUCUCACCUCACUACCUCACUACACUCACUAACAACCCUCUCUUUUUGUUUCGAACCCGUCAGCACAGCUUGCUCACUGUGCCUCCUGUAAAACGACUUCGACGAUAUAGUCUAACUUUGCCUGCUCCUAAGCGGCGUUGAACAAGUACCUACCAUAACAAUCAACUUGCAGUACAUUCAUUUUAAGAAAUAUAGGCUUAAGAGGUAAGCAUUUAUAGAGAGCAAAAUAAUGGCUUAAACGCUACUUUCUUGCAGAAUAUAGUCGAGAAGUAAGCAAGGGCGUACUCUACAGUCUACGCCAGUUUUUCUAAAAAAAGUUGCCGUAUAAAAUGUAAAGCCCACUGUCAAAAACUGAUGGGACCAUAUCAGUAUAGACGUAAAGCUCGUUCAACCAUAUAAACCAGAUUUUCGCCAUAGAUCAGAUACUGAAAAAGGCACAUGCGAAACAACUGACGAAACGCUCAAAAAGGUGCUACUUUGGACUGAGUAGACAAUUAAAAAGUUAAGUCCUCUUGCGUCGAAAUAAGACCAAUUUCUAAUGUUGAGAACAUGCGAAGAGUCAGAAAGGUACGAUGGAACGAUGAACUGUAUGAGUUAUACGAUGGCAUUUGCAAAGCUCAACGAAUUAAGAAACAGCGUCUGCGUUACAACACUGAGAGCAUUCGAUGAAGUACUCACUGGUGGAAGCAGAGGAAGAGAAAGACCUGCAAAGAGCAGCUGGAGCUGAAAAAGAAACGACUGAGUACGCUAAUUCGACUAUCAUCGCGUAAGGUUAGUCUCGGCCAAAAAAGAGAAACGACGUAAAAGUCUAAUGUACAGUUGACUACAGCGACUGUGCGUCGUAUCUUCAGCGUUCCAAAAUACAAAAAGAAAACUAAAAAAAAAAUUGAAGCUAAAAUAGACCAAAAAACAAUUAAACGCACUCAAGUGCGAAGUCACCAAACAUCAAAAAAAAAAAAACAUUUUUUAGUCAUAAAUACAAGCGCGCGAAGAAUACAGUUUCAUUGCAACAGUGACAACAAUUAUUUUAUGACAUUACUGCGUGCAACUUUGCGUGGCAAAAGUAAUUUGCUUGAGUAAUUCGAUUCCACAUUUGCAAAGCACCACGAAGAAAUUCAGUCUUUGAUGUGGCUUAGAAGUGAGAAGAACUUGAUUUUUUUGCACCAACAUUUCACUUACAAUAACAACAAUGCGUUAUAAAACAGUUGGCUGCCUGCAAACCCUCUGCCUGGUGCUGCUCGUCCAGGCACAGGAGCCACAACACGAAUACGAAGUGAAAAAUAUGAGAAGGCGCGGUGUAGUGGAGAAUCUCGGUGAGGGUUUGAAGUUUGCAGGCCAAAUGUUUGGCAUCAAUACCGCCGCUGACGUGGCCAAUCUCGUUGCAAUGGCAUUUGCCAAUAAGAAACCGGAUUUUAUGUCAAUUUUCCAGCAAAAACAAACGAACGAGCGUGACGGUGAAUCGGAGGCAACGCAUACAACGGGUGGUAACUCUCAGGAACAACAACAACAACAACAACAACAACAACAACAACAUCAGGAGGAGAAAGGCGAAAGCGAGGAGCAAUCGAACAAGCGCAUCAAACCGUUCGACUUUAGCACUAGCCGCUUUGUCACAGGUGUACUGCGCAUGGUUGGCUUCGAUGCAACCAAAUUGGGCGCACUCGCAAUAAAUGCUUUAGUUAUGAUUGCAGAGGUGAUUGGCAAUGCGUUUACAUCACCAGCACGCGAGCACACGCCGUCACCCACAUUCUUCGAUUAUUUUGCUGACGGUGUGCCGGAUGCGUUACGCGUUGGCGAACGAGAAACACAUCAGCCGCGCGCCUUACGCGAAGGUACACCCAUCGAUUGGUAUCUCGAGAAUCCCGAUGAAGGAAUGCGACGCACUUUGGACGAUGCAUUGGAUUCAGAGCUGGCAGAGCGUAUAACGCAGAUGAUCGCAAAUGUGGAGCAGCAAAGUGGUGGUCAAGGUGGUUGCCUGAAAAUGUUGAUGUGUAAAAGUUCACCAAUUAUUUGGGGCAUGCAACGGUCGGUGAGUGAGCGUGUCGCGGGUAAGGCAACAAAUGCAACGGAGCCGGAGGCACCGUCCAAAGAAGGAAUGCAGCCGAAGAAAAUAUUUUCAUCCGAAGUGUUUUUCGCGCAUUUUCCAACACUUCAAGAAUUUCGUAAACACAGCACCGUCUGUGAUGAGCGUUUUCGCGACGAGUGUAACUUAAAGGAGGAUAUGGACAAGCUGAUGAAGGAUGUGAAAAGCUCAAAGAGGAGCUAAGAUAAAUUAUGUCUAGUUAUAUCUUAGACAAAGAUGUUGUAGUUAAGAUUUCAAACAAAUAUUUUAACAAUUGGACAGUGUAGAAUUUUUUUUAAUUUUUGAAAUUUGGAACUUUCCAUUAAACUGUCUUCACUACUACUCGCUACUGUCUAUUCUUAAGUUAUACUGCAAUAUUAAAUGUAUGAAUUUGUUGCAAAAAAUAUUUACUUU